AUGAAUAGAACAUCUACUACGGUACACUCUACGCAUACAGCCCGGAAGUUCUACCUUCUGCCCACCGCGGAACUGGUAAUGGCAUCACGUCUCAUGGGUAUCAUGUCAGCUAUCGUCGCCACUUACGCCAACACUUCGACACCUGUUCCAAUCUACCUAUGCGCUGCACUCUACAUCGUUAUGGCGAUAGUGGCAGCAUGCUUCCCGUUCGAGCCAUUGGGCCGCAGAAGCUCUUAG